AUGACCUGCGGGUGGCGCAAGGCGCAGGAGGCCUUGGGCGCUGUCGGCUGGAAGAGCGUGUUUGGCGCUGGAGCAACCUGGCGGGCGGCGCUGGGAGAAGGACUGGGAUGUGCCGGGGGGCUGAGAGAGGCUAAUUGGGCGAGGGGGCGCCAGGACCAUGCACACAGCAGCAGUUAUGAAGGUGGUCUAGAGCUGGAAGUGGACAACAACACCAGCAGGCAAGGGGAAUGGCUCACACUGUCACAGAGGAACAUUGCAGAGAACAGCGGUUACCAAGGAAGCCAGGCGGGAUGGGAGACAGGAGUUAUUGAUGUGGGCAAUGAUCAUCUCCACAUCCGCCCUUCAAUGCCAGCAAAGAAAACUGGUUUCAAUGGAAAGGAUGCGAUCAGUGGUGGAUCCUGGGAUUCCGAAGGCAGCCACAGGAGGGCUGAGACAACAGCAAAUAUUCCACUGUAUCCCUUUGAAGCAAAAAGAGGACCAGGUUUGAGGCACACAAGUGGCCAGUAUGCUUCGAGAACUGGCCUCAGGGAGGUGCCUCGAAUCCCAAGGACUAUGCUGGCUGAGGAGGACUUGGCAAUGGGCCAUGAAGAGGACGAGGUUGAGCCUUGUCAAGACAGCCAUGAUCCCGAUGGGCAGGGCAACGAACGUCAGAGGCGCUACUUCAACCCCUCUGGGCUGUCAUACUACUUGUGGCAGAAGCAGCAGAGGGACAGUCCUGUUCCUGUUGCUGCAGCCCUGCAAGAUUUGAAAGAACAGAAUACAAGAAAUCCGAGGUUGUUCAACAAGGAAAUUCUACCAUACAUUGCAGAUACAGGUGUGCUAGAAUGUGCGUUCUUGAGUAUGUACUCGCGACAUGGGAGCCUGGAAGAAGCGCAGGAACAGCUGGACACGUUUGCGAGGGACUGGCUGCCUAGAGUGAGCAGAAAAUUGCUGCAGGGGUCGUACACUUUCCCUGCACCGAUUCAGCUUGAGCCGCGACAGCGACUCAGAGGUGGGGGAGCGCGACUGGUGCCUGUUUGGUGGCACAGAACGGUUCCCGAAGCCAUGAGGAUGGUAUUGGAGGCUGUUUUCGACCCAGGGUUUUCAAGAUGUGUUCAUGGUUUUCGACCCCAGAGAGGCUGCCACAGUGCGCUGAAAGAGGUGAAAGACAACUUUGGUGGUGUGGACUACUUCCUGGAGGUUGACUUGACUGGCUGCCUGGGUGAGUUCAACAAGAGCACGCUGCUGCAAGCAGUGAGCGAGAAAAUAGGCGAUGAGCAAUUUUUGAGUCUGCUGAAUCGAGCCCAUCGUGCAGGCAUCGUCAACUUGGAGGGAGCAAACUACAAGUCAAUAGGUAUUCCCCAGGUUUCGCUCAUUAGCCCGAUAAUGUGCAACGUUUACCUUCAAAAAUUGGACAGAUGGAUGGAAGACUUGAUGCGAGUGCUGGAGGUGGGACGGAUGCAUCCAGGAAGCGAGGACGGCUAUGCCGCAUUGGCUGUUCGUGAAAGAUGGGUUUCAGAGCUGUUGAGGUUCGCGGACUGCUGGCAGGCACCCUCUCUCACUGGCAUAAGGUAUGUGAGGUAUGGGGCGAACUUCCUCGUCGGGGUCAAUGGCACCAGGAGGGACUGCCAUAACUUAGAGCAAGAUUUGAGAGCUUUUUUCUCAUCCACGCUGAAGCUGCAACACAAAAAGGCCACUGCUUCGACGGCCUGCGCUUCGACCCCUGACAAAGAAUACACCGUUUUUCUGGGAGCUGAGAUCUACGUAGCGCAACAGAUUGGUCCGCCGGGAUCUGACCCCGGCAGCAAGGAAGCAGGGAAGCUGCUCCAGUGUCCCCGCGUGUGCAUCCCCGCCCGCCUAUUGUUGGCCAAGCUGGAAGACCACGGCUUCACCCACAAGACCAAGAAGAAGCCGACUUUCUGUGGACGGCUGGUGAACUGGGAGGCCCAUGAAAUCGUCAAGUUCUAUGACAUCACUUUCAGGAUGUUCAUGGCGUACUACACCUUUGCGGACAACUACCACUGCCUGUCGCUGUUGUUCGACAUCCUUCGCCAGUCGUGUGCCCUUUCGCUGGGCAAGAAACUGAGCUUGAAGAGGAUCUGGUGGGUGACCAAGCGGUUCGGCAAGGACCUGGUCAUCAAGGGCGAUGGCGAUGUGGUGUUAGCAGCAAUGUACAAGCCUAAAUUUGACAAGCCAAGGGUUCCAUUCCCAGGGCGUGAUGUAAACCCCUUCACCAGACUCGAGCGCCCUGCAAAACCCAGAUUUCAUCAGUUGGAGGGCGAGGCGAAGCCUGGAGAGAAGGGAUAG